AAAGUCUCUCUCAAAUAAGCUCUCUUUCACCGUCAUGCUCUAAAGUCAUCCCUAUUACGUACAUUUCAAGCACCCCCUCUUGAUCUCAUCAACAAAGAAGCUGCAGAGAAGGAGAUUCAUACCUUUUUCUCCCCCACAACAAUCAUUUGUUUAGGAUUUUCCCACUUAUCUUUAUUACUUUUGCAUUUUAUUAGGAAAUUAGAUUAGAUUAAUACAAUUUUAAGUUCUGCACACUCCAUUCCCUCUAAAAGAAGCUUUCUCUUUCCUCAGUUUUCUGUUGCAAAAGGCUUCUUCUUAGAAGAUAAAUAAGAAAAGAUAGUGAGAGAGAGAGAGAGGGAGAGUGUGUUAUGCUGAAGCAGUGAAGUUCUGUAUUAGUUAUUCCGGUGAGAGAAUUCAGACAGAAGAGAGAAGAGAGAGGGAGUGUGAUGGGUGGCGUAACAUCGUCUAUGGCGGCGAAGUUCGCCUUCUUCCCGCCGAAUCCACCGUCCUAUAAAUUGGUGACUGACGAAGUUACUGGGCUUCUGCUUCUCAGCCCUUUUCCUCACCGCGAGAACGUCGAAAUUCUCAAGCUGCCCACGCGUCGUGGCACCGAGAUAGUGGCAUUGUACAUCCGGCAUCCCAUGGCCACCUCUACUCUCCUCUAUUCUCACGGUAAUGCUGCCGAUCUAGGCCAGAUGUACGACCUCUUCAUUCAGCUCAGCAUCCACUUACGCGUCAAUCUCAUGGGCUACGAUUAUUCUGGGUACGGCCAGUCAUCGGGGAAGCCAAGUGAGCAGAAUACUUAUGCAGAUAUUGAGGCUGCAUAUAAGUGUCUAGAAGAAAGCUAUGGCACAAAGCCCGAAGACGUAAUUCUUUACGGGCAAUCUGUUGGCAGUGGCCCUACUUUGGAUCUUGCAGUUAGAUUGCCACAAUUGAGAGCUGUUGUUCUGCAUAGUCCCAUACUUUCUGGUUUAAGGGUCAUGUAUCCAGUAAAGCGUACUUACUGGUUUGACAUAUACAAGAACAUCGACAAAAUUCCACAUGUUAAUUGUCCAGUUCUCAUAAUUCAUGGAACUUCAGAUGAAGUCGUGGAUUGCUCCCAUGGUAAGCAACUAUGGGAGCUAUGUAAAGAGAAGUAUGAACCGCUGUGGCUCAAGGGAGGUAAGCACUGUAAUUUGGAGCUCUAUCCCGAGUAUAUCAGGCAUCUAAAGAAGUUUAUAACCUCUGUUGAGAAGUACCAAUCUCAAAGAUACAGUUUUAGGAUGAGCACAGAUCAAUUUGAACAGCCUCGAAGGAGUACUGAUAUACUUGAAGUUAGUAGAAAGAGCACUGAUCGGAGAGAGAAACCAAGGAAGAGCACAGAUAGGCCAGAAAAACUGAGAAGUUUGACUAAUAAUGCUGAUAAGCUAGAGAAAUUGCGAAUUUCCUUUGAUCAUGUGGAAAGGUCUCGGAGAAGCGUAGACUGUCAUGAGAAGUCUCGAAAGAGCAUUGACCUUCAAUUGGAAAAGGCGCGGAAGAGUGUUGACCGGCUGGAUAGAAUUAGGACUGGAUAAUUCUUAUUAUAACCAAAUUUGAUUCUUGUAUUGGUUGUCUUUCUGCAUUUUUCUUCCUCCUUCUUUAUAUCAUAGGUCGUAGCAUGGUUUAUGAAUAUAUGUUAAUAGCAAUUUGCAUCAAAAGAAGGGUUUGGCUUUACAUUGGGAUUCACUUUCCAUUUAUAUUAUCAUGCUUUAUCGUGUA